ACGCUUCAUAUGGUGAAAAAAAUACAAUCGAAAAGAGGAAACAAGUAGAUUUGCUAGUAAAAAACAUAAAAAUACAAAGUUUAAUUGCAAAAUAUUCAUUAAAUACAAAUUAAACUUGAUAUUUAAGAUUAACGUUUUAACAUUUAUGUGUACAACACGUGCUUAAGAGUCUCGGAAUUGAGCUGGGCAAUAUUUUGCAACAACACACACCAUACACAUACAUACCCCGUUUACAGUGAAAAGUUCAGAAAUAGAAAAAAAUGCUAGAUCCAAUUUGCAAACAAUUGUUGUUGUUUAGUUGAACGCAACUGAAAAGUGGCAUAACUGUGAAGAAUUGUCUGUUGGAAAGUAAUACAAAUUAGUAAAAACAAGUUCAUCUUCUGUGAUAUGUAGUAAAAAAUGCAGUCCAGCAUUGACAGUAUUGGAAAAACGCUAGAAAGUUUGAAAUCGACAGCACCAAAGAUAGCCAUAACAAAAUCAACCUUCCUUACACCUAUACAGAAACCGCAAUCUGUACAAAAACAACAAGCACCGCCACAAUUGUAUACAACUGUAACAGCCAAACAGAUAACAACGGAUGCAUCUUUUGGCGGCGCUGCUACACUAAAGUCAUCGCCCAUAGCAAUUGCGACAAAGACCACAAGUACAGUGGCUUUAAAGGAUUUAAAAAGUAUUAUUAAACCGGCUGGAACGUCGACAAAUUCCUCAUCGUCCUCGGAUAAAACUGUUAGUUAUAAUAUGGCAAUUGUUGCAGCUAAGCGGCCACAAUUGACAAUAGUGGCAACUAAAGCAGUGGUAGAGCCCAACACAACGCCAUUCACGCCACCAACAUCAGUAGCAACAGGAACUGCAGCAUCAGUGGCAACCGAACCCAUUGUCAUCACAAAAUCAAGUAGCACAACAGCUACUGCUGAUACAUCGACGGAAAGCGGUAAAAUGGAGCACAGCUAUAUUCGAGAUAACUCGGUUAAAUCCUUGGGUGAUGUAACAAAUGGAUUGCAACCAGCACGGACCAUACUAGUGCGUCGGCCGCCUCAGUGUCCCUCAUGUCAUUCACACCCUUUGGAUGAACAGGAGUUAAAUGAAUGCAACCAAGCUUGCAUACCAGCAUAUAAUGAAAUUGCCGCCAAGGAGGUUAUGAAUGAAUGUGCGCGCAUUGCAAAAUAUGUUAAAAACAUUAAUUCUGAUGAUGAAGACUGGGAAAUGAAAAUAAAUCAAAUUGGUUGGUCAAAUAUGCAAAAAAAUUUAUUCGGCAAAGUUGUUCGCAUACUGGACAGUGACCAAUUGGGUAGAUUAGCCAACCAGGGUCGACCAAAUGAGCCCAUGCAACGGCGUGUUGUAGUUGAUAAGUCAGCGGCACGUAUGCGUAAAGCUUUAGCCUCAGUCGGUUGGGAAUCCCGACUGACUCAGUGGCUACAUUGUCUUUUAAUGGAUACAUUGCCCGCCACUUAUAUGGCUUCAUAUCUAGAUAUAUUGCAGACCUUGAAGUCCAAGUUACCCACACUUAUGGAUAAAAUGUUAUUUGGACGUCCUCUUAAUAUAAGCCAAGAACUAUUGGCGCCAGUCUUAAAAAAGAAAUGGGAACCACAAAUUGCCACCAAAAGCCGAAAAUUGCCUCAAAAUGCUGUCAUAGUGGCAUUACCUUCGAUGCCAACCAGUGGUCCCGUACCAAAUCGUUUGCAAAAAUGGUAUCAGCAUUUGGCUACCAUAACGCAAAUAGUGCAAGUAACAUUACCCAUGACAAGUGGACAUAUUUCCCGCCAACCACUGGAGCAAGUGGCCGAACAAAUUGUUUCUUUGACGAGAGUGAAAAUCCUUGAGUUGCGCAGUGAAAAUCCUCAGCGUAGUAUUAUAUUGAUUGGAUUCAAUGCUGGGGCAUCACUGGCAUUACAAGUGGGCAUGUCUGAGAAUGUUGCCUGUAUAGUUUGCAUGGGGUUUGCUUAUAAUACCUACAAUGGAGUUCGUGGUACACCCGAUGAUCGUAUAUUGGAUAUAAAAGUACCAAUACUUUUUGUUAUUGGACAAAAUUCGGCUAGAUCAAGUCACGAGGAAAUAGAGUCAUUGCGAGAAAAAAUGCAAUCAGAAUCAUCAUUAGUAGUUGUUGGCAGUGCCGAUGAUGCUUUAAGGGUACCCAAGUCUAGAAGAAAAAUUGAAAAUGUUACACAGGCCAUGGUCGAUACAAUGGUUGUCGAUGAAGUUUACGAGUUCAUAAAGAAAGUGCUAACAAAUCCUCCAGGACCACGUAUACCAACUUCUGUUACUAGCAACAUAUUUAACAAGCAGAACAAGAUGUUGGCCGGUGAGAAAGGUGCUGGACAACAACGUAAACGGAAAAAUGAUGGCAUUGAUUCAGAUAGUACACCAGCAAAAACAAAACAUUUGGUUGGCAGGCCACGUACACGUCCACUACCAGGUACGGCGGGCACAACACCUGCUGGUAAAUUUAGUCAAAUGCAUACUUCCACGCCAGUGAUGAUUGGUAAAACUCAACCGAAAACAACAAAAGUUUCUGCGACUAAUGAUGAGCUUGGCAUGACAAUGCUUACAGAUUCCAAUGAUCCAGACGCCAGUUUGAAUAACAGUGCAACAAGCAAUGAUUCCAACUCCAAUAAGUUGGUAACAAACUUUGAGCUGGUUACCCAAUCGGGAAAAUCAACACCUCUAAAGACCACAGUCAUCACUGCCCCCCAAAAACAGUUGGUUAUUGGUGGUGCUUCUUCAACAUCAAUUGGUACUAAAAUAAAAAUGAUACCCUCAAAUCAGUUUGUGCAAUUAAAACCAACAACAUUGCAAUCACAAUCAAAAAUAUAUACCAUCAAAACGGGAUCUAUAGUGGCUCAGAAUCAAAGUGAUAUUUUAUCAGGACCCCGUAUUGGAAGCAUUGUUACAACAAGUCCCAGCACGUCUAGUACCGGACAACAUAUAUUUACACUCAAAACACCAAAUGGCCAAACCACACAAUUUGCAACAGCUGUGGGUAGUCAACCGAAAUAUACAGUUCUAAAGAAUACCACCGGAAAUACUACAUUGCAAUUAUCUGGAACCGCUAAGACGCUGCAUCCCAUUGGAUCAACAUCAUUAGGCUCCAGCACACCAUCGACCUCGUCAAGUAAUCUGGAUAUAUCGAAUAUUAUAGAUAUGCCAAUUGUUUUUGCUGAUAACGAUGGUAAUAUAUCAGAAGGCGUGGGAGCAAAGCCAACAACCCCAGCAAUUAAGCCAGCUUCAUCCGGUGUGGGCCAAUUGAUAAUUAGCCAAAAAAUCAUUAAAGAGGCAAAUACGCCAACCAUAUCAACCAGUGGUGGACCAACUACUAGCAGCAGUGGCACAUAUGUAAUUAACAAACCAGGAACCAUAAUUCAGCCUCAACAAAUAGGUGCUAAUAAACCUAAUAAGGUGGUCUUCAUCAAUCGUAAUACCAUGAAACCCUGUCCCAGCAUUAUAUCGCGUUCAAGUCUAUCUCAACAAAUGCCCAAGUACACUAAAGUUGUAGUUACAAAUUCCAAGUCUCCUACAGGAGCUUCUAUAAUACCCAGAGCGGGUUCACAUCUUACAAGCGGUGGUCUGAGCGGCAGUAAUACAUCACCCUUGGCAUCGACUGUAAAGAAAAUCAACAUUCAACCACUGAGUUCUGCUUCGUCAACCUCGAAUUCUCCCACUACGACGCCAACACGCUCAUCGACUGGCAUUCUUAAUGUACAAACCAAAAAUUUGCCUCAAAUACAAAUAAUCAAUAACCCAAAUGCUACACUUAUAUCUACGGAUAAGCCCCAGAUACGAAACAUUGUAGUGAAGCCAGGAGGCCUUAAACAGUUGCCACCGCAUUUGACAAGUCAAUUGUUGAAUCGUAAUCUCACUGUACGCAAAUUAGUAAACUUAGUGCCGGCUACUAAGUCAACAACCAUUUCAGCAGGAUCCUCUGGUAGUGGUGGUGUUACAAUAUCUUCUUCACCUGUACCUAGCAUUGUUGCUGCUAAUCCCACUUCAAUCACUUCAACUCCCACAGAAGCAGAACUUUCAUCAUCGGCCUCGGCCAACAACGCCACUAUACAAACAUCGCCGAAGAUAAUCACUCUGAACCCGCUUAGUCGCACUACUACACCAACAACCACUAAAAAUGAUUAAACUACUAGUAAUUUAAGUUUUUAAGAGCAAUGACAAAAAUGUAAUUUUUUCAUGCUAUUCUUAAACAUUUCAUUUUUUCUAUUGGAGGUACUUUACAAAAGAACAACCCUCAGUUCACAUGCAUUAUGAAAUUUAUAUUCAUAUUUACAUUUGUUUUUGGUUUCAUAUCCAAAGUCAUAAACUAGAUUAGUUUUAAACGUAGUUGUAGAUAAAUAUUCCUAGAUGAUAGAUAAUGCUAAAAUACAACAAAGAAUUUAUUAAAAACAAAA